UCCCAAAGGUAUCUUGAGUACAAAGUACUUUUCUACAUCAAAAAGUGAUCUCUUAAAAACAAAGGGAUCCCGUGAAAUGGUGGGAUUUCAUUUAGUGGCUGCUCUGAUUUAUUAAAACCGGCAGCCGCAGACAUGAAGCGUAAAGAACAACUAGUUCUUGAUAAGUAUUUCAUAAAGCUCAAAUCAAGUAUUCUUAGCCCUCAAAGCAAGUAAAAAACAAGAAACUUGCCAACUAAUCAACAUUAAUUGUGCCAGACUAUUUAUUGCCUUCUUCCAAAGAAAAGCUGACAUGUAGUAACAUGGGAUAUGAAGAUUUCUGCCAAUAGAGAUGAGGAAGAUUCAAUCCCAUAUGGGCUAUAAUGAUCAGUCAACAAAGGUAACAGAAUAAAGAACAACUUAUCCUUGAUCAUAUAUAUGACCACAGUGGUUCAUUCUUGAAGCACAAAUUUUGAGUCAUUUCUGAUGUGCUAACAGUUCUUGAUACCUCAGCUUCGAUGACAGUUCCACUUUUAGUUCUUUCUGCACUUUUUCUUUCAUUAAACUCGAGAGUCCUAUGUCACCCGUUAGAUCCUCUUACUCCUGAAGAGAUCAAUAGAAUUAAGCUCACUAUCCAGAAAUCUCACUUUGGUUCCUUUUCUAAUCUAACCUUUCAUUUUGUUGACCUUGAGGAGCCAGACAAACAUCAUGUCCUCAAGUGGCUGUCUUCAGACAAACAUAAUGGCCUGUUUCCUAGCCGUCAAGCCCGGGUAGUAAUUCGAGUUAAUGGUGAGACACAUGAACUCGUUGUAGACUUGAUCACUGGUUUAAUCGUGUCAGAUAAAGUUUACAGAGGCCACGGAUAUCCUCCAUUCACAUUUAAUGAGCUUCUUCGAGCCAGCAGGUUCCCCUUGAAGUAUCCUCAGUUUCAAGAUUCAAUUUCAAGACGAGGGCUUAACUUAUCAGAAGUCACUUGCCUACCACUGACAACAGGUUGGUUUGGAGAAACAGUAACAAGAAGAGUUAUAAGAGCUACAUGUUUUUACAGAGGUGGUACAUCUAACAUUUGGGCUAGGCCUAUCGAGGGCAUAAGUUUGCUAAUCGAUGUCGAGGCAAUGCAAGUGAUCAAGUACGUGGAUCGGUUGAAUGCCCCGUUGCCAAAAGCUGAAGGCACAGAUUUCCAAAGCCAGAGGCCUAAUUCGGUCUUCUGUAACGAAAACAACUCCAAGAUAACUAUAAGAAAACAUGAAGUUAGAUGGGCUAACUGGGAGUUUCACGUUGCAUUCGAUGCACGAGCAGGGCUGAUCAUAUCCACGGCUUCGAUCUUUGAUAACAUCAAAAACAAGUUUCGACGUGUGCUCUAUAGGGGGCAUGUAUCAGAAACAUUUGUUCCCUAUAUGGACCCUACUCCUGAAUGGUACUAUCGAACUUUCAUGGACGUGGGAGAGUUUGGUUUUGGACGUUCUGCGAAUACCCUUGUUCCCCUUAUAGACUGUCCAGGUAAUGCUGUGUAUAUGGAUGGUUACAUGGCAGGAGCUGAUGGACAAGCACAAAAAGUCCCACAGGCGAUCUGCAUGUUUGAGUCAUAUGCUGGAAACAUUGCUUGGAGGCACACAGAAAUCGGUGUACCUGAAAAAGUGAUAACAAGUGGAGAGGCAGAGGUUAAUUUGGUGGUCAGAAUGGUGGCUACUGUUGGAAACUAUGACUACAUACUUGAUUGGGAGUUCAAGAAGAGUGGUUCAAUCAAAAUAGGAGUAAGUUUAUCAGGUGUGCUAGAGAUGAAGGCUACAGAAUACACGAGUACUGAUCAAACAACUAGUGAUCACAUUUAUGGAACACUUGUGGCAGAAAACUCCGUUGCAGGGAACCAUGAUCACUUUCUAACAUACUACCUAGACCUAGAUGUUGAUGGUACUGACAACUCACUAGUUAAGGCCAAACUGAAGACUUCUAGGACACAGCCCACCAACGUUUCGCCUAGGAAGAGUUACUGGAAAGUUGUUAAAGAAACGGUGAAAACGGAAGGCGAAGCUAGGAUUCAAAUGGGAUUGGAACCUGUGGAGCUACUGAUCACUAAUCCUAAUAAGAAGACAAAGAUUGGUAACAAUGUAGGUUACCGGUUGAUCACCGGGCAGCCGGCUAUUUCUCUGCUAGCUGAUGAUGACUACCCACAGAUGAGGGCAGCUUACACCAAGUACCAAGUGUGGGUGACUUGUUAUAACAAAACAGAGAGGUGGGCUGGAGGCUUUUAUGCUGAUAGGAGCCAUGGAGAUGAUGGUUUAGCUAUUUGGGGCCAUAGGAAUAGGGCAAUUGAGAACAAGGACCUGGUGCUGUGGUAUACGGUUGGUUUUCAUCACAGCCCUCAGCAAGAAGAUUUUCCAGUUAUGCCUACUCUGUAUGAUGGUUUUGAGCUGAGGCCAGCUAAUUUUUUUGAGAAAAAUCCCUUGCUGCAACAUUAAGUCUCAUAAUUUUCAAUACAUGCAGCAGACAUUGUACCCUUUUCACUUGAGAUAAUUUUCAUCUUGAUUUUAGGAGAAUUUAAGGCAUAUCUGUCACAGCAUCCUAG